ACUAAACCCCUAGGCGUUUCCUUUGUAGCUGUUUUCGUUCUCUCCUCCUCAGCUCCGCCACAACGUCUCCUGGCAGAGCUGCAGCACUACUUUCGGCUUUCGACAGCACUGCUGCACCAUCUGAUCAAUCUCUCUUCCUCCUUUGGCUUCGUCUGACUUUCCUUCAUCGCAUUCGCACCGAUUCGCAGCGCGCCACCUCCUCCGUCUGAAUUUAUCUUACUCAGUUCCUCCCCUGACGUAUUCUUAUUGACUCAGGCUUCCCUUCUAGGGCUGAGCCGAACUUAUGGGGAAGGCAAAGGGUAAGCAUCGUUUGGAUAAGUACUACCACUUAGCCAAAGAACAUGGCUACAGAUCCAGGGCUUCAUGGAAGCUUGUCCAGCUCAAUUCUAAGUUUCGGUUUCUUGAAUCUGCCCAUGCCGUUCUCGACCUCUGUGCGGCGCCAGGUGGCUGGAUGCAGGUGGCCGUCCAACGCGUUCCGGUUGAUCAUCUCGUCCUCGGUGUCGACUUGGCUCCGAUUGCACCUAUUAGAGGUGCAAUCGCUAUUCAGGAGGACAUAACGAAGCCUGAGUGCAAGGCGAAGAUUAAGAAGUUGAUGAAUGAACAUGGCUGCUCGGCCUUUGAUGUAAUUCUGCACGAUGGAUCGCCCAAUAUUGGUGGAGCAUGGGCUCAGGAAGCCAUGAGUCAAAACGCUUUAGUAAUUGAUUCGGUCAAGUUGGCCACUCAGUUUUUGGCACCCAAGGGUACAUUUGUCACCAAGAUUUUCAGGUCACAGGAUUACAGUUCCAUUCUGUAUUGCAUGAAACAGUUAUUUGAAAAGAUUGAGGUGGAUAAACCAGCAGCUAGUCGUUCUGAAUCUGCAGAAAUAUAUGUUCUUGGCCUUAAGUAUAAGGCCCCUGCGAAGAUUGACCCACGUCUUCUUGAUGUGAAGCAUUUGUUUCAGGGUUCUGUGGAGCCUCAGACAAAGGCGGUGGAUGUUCUUAGAACAACAAAGCAAAAGAGACAUCGUGGCGGCUAUGAAGAUGGAGAUACGACAUUAAGGAAGGUGUCUUCAGCUGCAAAUUUUAUCUGGUCAGAUUCCCCUUUAGAGAUCCUUGGUACCGUCACUUCCAUAACCUUCAAUGAUCCGGCUGAUUUAAUAAUCAAGGAUCAUGACUCAACAACAGAAGAGGUGAAAGCUCUCUGUGAUGAUUUACGGGUUUUAGGGAAGCAAGACUUCAAGCAUCUGCUAAAGUGGCGGAUUCACAUAAGAAAAGCUUUGUCACGCACGGAAAAGAGUGAUACUCCUAUGAGGACUGAAGUGGAAGAUGAGAAUAAGAAGGAUGAUGAUAAUAAGGAGGAUGAAGAUGAUAAAAUACUUAAUCAAAUGGAGGAAUUGACUUAUGCAAUGGACCGCAAGAGGAAACAUGAAAAGAAGCGUCUGGCCAAAAGAAAAGCGAAGGAGAAGGCACGCCAAGCAACUGGGAUGCAAAUCGAUGCAUUAGAAGAUGGUUAUAUUGAUCACGAGUUGUUUUCUCUUUCAUCUAUCAAGGGGAAGAAGGAUCUAGUAACAUUAUCUACUACAGAAUAUGAUGGUGAUGAAGAUGAAUUGAAGGAUAGUGAUAAUGAAGAAACAAAUGAUGGUCAAGAGAAUUCAUCUAGUGACGUAGAAGAUUCUGAUGAAGAGCAUAGAAGAUAUGAUGAGAAAAUGGAAGAGUUAUUUGAUCAAGCCUAUGAACGUAUCAUGGCUAAAAAGGAAGGUACCGCAAAGCAACGGAAGCGUGUGAAGAAAUCCUAUGAAGUGGAGAAUCAACUGUUGGAGGAUGGUGAGGCUGAUAAUAUUGUUCACUCCAAGUAUGAUUCCGAUGAAGAGCAAGGAGAUCAAGAAGCAAAUCCUCUGAUGGUUCCUCUUGAUGAAGGUUUAGAGCCCACCCGAGAGGAGAUAAUGAAGAAAUGGUUUAGUCAAGAUGUCUUUGCCGAAGCUGUAGAGGAAGGAGACCUUGGAAACGAGGGUAGUGAAGAUGACAUGGAUAUAGCUGAGCAUGAGGAAAAGCCUUCUGUUACAAAGGAGGCAAUAAAAAGCAAGACAAAGUCUUCUGCUGGAAUGAAUAACCUUAAAUCUCAAGCACCCAAGGUAGAGGAUGAUUUUGAAAUAGUUCCCGCUCCUGCUACUGAUUCAAGUGAUGACUCAUCGUCAGAGUCGGAAGAUGUUGAUAAUUAUUCUGUUGAGGAAAAAGCCGAGAUAUUAGCUUACGCAAAGAAGUGUCGGAUGAAAAAGCAACGGGAACGGAUGCUAGACGAUGCUUACAACAAGUAUAUGAAUGAGGAUGAGGCGGGAUUGCCCAAGUGGUUCGUGGAGGAGGAAAGGCGCCAUCGCCAACUAAUAAAGCCAGUGACCAAAGAGGAAAUUGAGGCAAUGAAAGCACAAUUUAAGGAAAUCAAUGCUCGACCUGCCAAAAAGGUUGCAGAGGCCAAAGCACGAAAGAAGCGUGCUGCAAUGAAGAAACUUGAGAAGGUACGAAAGAAGGCCAACGCUAUAUCAGAGCAAGCAGAUAUAUCUGAUCGUUCCAAGGGGAAGCAAAUCGAACGGCUAUAUAAGAAAGCUGCGCCAAAGAAGCCUCAAAAGGAAUAUGUAGUUGCAAAGAAAGGGGUCCAAGUUAAGACAGGCAAGGGGAAGGUCCUUGUUGAUCGGAGGAUGAAGAAGGAUCUUAGGAAGCGGGGAACGGGUAAACCUGGAAAAGGAAGUUCCAAGAAGGGCGUCAAAGCACCCAAGGGCAAAGCAUUUUCAAAGGCUCCGAAACAGGGUAGAAAGUGAAAUCAAGGGAUAUUGUUGGGCAAAUUUUGACUUACAGAUUGGACUGUUCUCUUCUCGUUGCAUUUGACCUUCUUUCUAUUUCUAUUUUGGUUACUUAUUAUUCUUAUUUUACCAGUAGAUUAUUAUAUUUGUUUUGUUACCAUA